UUUUAACUGUAACAAAACACCCAAACAUUGCCUUUUGCUUGCUGGUUGUUUGAAUCCAAGCCAACUUCUAAUUAUACAUGAAAAUAUUAAAUAUUGAUUAUGUUUCAUGAACUAUAACUGCUAGUGAUGAUUUUUCUCAGCCUCUGGUUUCUGAGACAGAAACCAGAAACAUUGAGUAAAAACAGAAGAGCUGAAGCCAAAGUUAAGAAACAAAAUGUUGCUUUGAUUCUGAAAGUUUUUGUCAUCUUCCCAUUAACUGGGGAAACAUUAGCUUCCCCAGCUAAUGUUUAAUGUUGCCGGUAAAUGAGCAUCUAGGCUGAAACUUCCAUGAGUUCCACCAGUUUUUAAGGAUUUUACUAAGCAACCCAACAUAUUACUGCUGAGUAAAACUGUAAAGUCACACUGUCUAAAAUUACCAGCAAUAAUUUAGGUUAUUUAGUCUGUCAUAACUGUAAAACAAUUGCUCAUUUUUCAAGGUCCUGUUUUCCUUAUGUUUUUUAUUUACAAAUGCCACAGAUUCACACUAAAUCCUUAGUUAGUAAGAUAAUUAUUUAGCAUGGAGCUAGAUAGUUAAAUGCUUGAAUUAAUUUAAUAGGCAGUUAUAAGCAUUUUUACAGAGAAACCAAAAACAACUCUGUCUCAACUGUUUGAUGAAAGAACAUGGAAGAUGGCAAGGAAUAUUUUAGCAGAGAGCAUCCAUCCUCUUUUUUUGUCAGUUUGAACCUGUGAGCUCAUGGAGGCAUUAUUGUGUCAUUGUGUCUGGCACCUAGGAACAUCGAUUAGAAGUCAUUUAUUAACAGUACAAAAAUUAUUCUUAACCAAACUAAAUGAUAACAUUUAGCUAAAGCAUGCUAUCUGUUUUAAUCUAUGCACAAAUUAUUGAUAUUGUGAUUCUAUGAAUGUUUUAUUUUGGAGUCAAAGGAAAAUUUACACCUUGAUAGACUAAAUAGUGCCAUCUUAUUUUUUCAUAUAUAUGAGUCUGCCAACAAAAAGUCUCACAGAAUAAUAUAUAUGGCACCGUAAAAGCAAAAAUGGGAAUUUUUGCUUGUAUCUCUUUAGCAACCCUGGUUUAACCAACCAGAUUUGUUAUUUUGAGCCGCGGAUAAUAUAGGAAAUAGCGCCCCCUUCACUUCCGGAGUGCAAUGGUCCCAUUUCCAAAUAAGGUAUGAGACUGCCAUGCGGUCCGUCCCCGCCCUUUUCUGUUUGCUGCAGCGAGGAGAGAGAGAGGAGACGCCACGGUUUCGGUAUUGCAAGUUCAUGCGCAAAACUGCCGGUGAUCCUGCGCCGGGUUACAUAAACGUAUUUUUUCAUGUUGCAUAAAUGUUUUCUCUCCCUUUUUUUUAUUUUUUAUUAAAAAAAAUAAACAUUUUCAAAAACAGCCUCAGCCAGAGAUUCACCUCCGAUAGAUGUCUUUUGGUUAAAUUUGAUAUUAUACAAAACUGAUUUAUGUAGGUUCAGACAAAGUAUUUAUAUUAUUUAAUUGACAUCCAUCCAUCUUCUUCCGCUUAUCCGGGGUCGGGUCGCGGGGGUAGCAUUUAACUGACAUUAUUAAAUUAUUUCAUAAAGUUCUUUCGUAUUUCCAAAUGUCUCGACUAUUUUUAAUCACUUUUCCUGGUCACGCUUGACCAAAUAUGCAAGUUAUGCGUUGACGUCAGUCAUCGAAUUUUAGAAUAGCCAAUAGCCACUUUGCUUGCUGACCGGUUGGCAAUGGCAACAGUGGCGGCGGCGUUCCUCACAGUUUGCUUGCCGGGGCAUUUGCUGGUUAAGUGGAUGUAGUUAGAAAACAUGAACAGAGCGCGAGAAAGCGGACAACCAACCGCUGUUCAAUGUUGGACGAAUACACCGCCUACUAAAAUGAGGAAAAGUCAAAUUCAGCAAGCAUCGAUUCUAAACAGGAACGUGUUCAGAGACGGAAAGACUCGAAUUGAUUUUGUCCUGGUGUGGGAGGAGCUUCGGGGUGUUAAUGACAAUGGCACAGGUAAUGGCGCCACCCAGAGGAAGUGGAGGGAACAGUUUCUGAGCAAACUGAAAGAAGUAGGCCUGCUGCAGGAGCAGAGGGAGGUCCGCAAGGCGAAGAAGAGGAUCCACUUCAUCCUCCUCAGCGCCCCCUGGAGUGUCCUCUGUUACUACGCCGAGGAGAUCAAUCUCAAAGUCCCGCUGGAGGUGGUCACCGUUCCAAUCACUAACUGGUCCGAAAGCUUCCUGUCCAAGCUGUCCCUCCCUAACCCUCUGUCCCAGAACGUCCCCAACCCACCCCUGGAAUACUACACCUGUCAGUUCAGGACCAACAAGCUGGAGAGGUUCCUGGGAAGCAGUGACAAGGAGACGUUCUUUAAAACCACCCAGAGACACCAAGUGCUGUAUGAGAUCCUGGCCAGAACUCCGUACGGUUGUGUGAACCGGGGCGAGGUGGGCAUCGACCGGCUGAUCAGUGAGGAAGUCUUCACAGCAGCGUACCCACUGCAUGAGGGGAACUACAAGAUGCCGGACAACCCAGUGUCCCUCCAGUCUUUAGGACUGAGGCAGAUCCUGCAUGGGUACUGGUCCAAGUGGUCCUGCUGGAGACGCUACCAACCUUUGGGCCACAUAAGGGCAUACUUUGGGGAGAAGAUAGCUCUCUACUUUGCAUGGAUUGGUUUCUACACUGCCUGGCUGCUGCCUGCAUCUCUGGUUGGGACUCUGAUCUUCCUGUUGGGUUUUGCAGAUUUGUUCUCUGACGUCCCAGCGAAGGAGGUGUGUGAGAGCAAAGACACUUUCAUCAUGUGUCCUCUCUGCAACAUCUGCUCCACCUGGAACUAUUCCAGCAUCUGCAUCACCUAUAAGGCGGGUCUCCUGUUUGAUAACUGGGGGACAGUGUUUCUCAGCCUCUUCAUGUCUUUGUGGGCCGUCACCUUCCUGGAGUACUGGAGGCGAACUUCUUCAACUCUUACCCACCGCUGGGGCUGCUCUGAGUUCGAGGACAUUGAGGAGCGUCCGCGUCCAGAGUUCUCGGCCAUGGCGCCGAUGACCAUGAGGAACACAAUCACUGGGGCUGAGGAACCUUACUUUCCUGAGAAUAAACGCUUGAACAGAACUGCCGCUGGAUGCAUGAUCAUCGUCAUCAUGAUUUGUGUGGUCCCGAUGUUCCUCAUUGCCAUUAUUUUGUACCGUACCAUCCUCAGAGUCGUCCUCUACAAGUCAACUACUACUGACAGCGCCUCUGCUGGGACGAUAGCCAGCAUUUCAGCAUCAGUGCUGAACCUGAUCAUUAUCCUUACUUUGUCCAGAAUUUACACCUCUCUGGCCGGCAUCCUCACACGCUGGGAAAUGCAUCGCACUCAAACCAAAUAUGAAGACAUGUUCAUCCUCAAAGUCUUCAUAUUCCAGUUUGUGAACUUCUACUCAACUCCAGUCUACAUCGCCUUCUUCAAAGGCAGGUUCGUCGGUUACCCGGGAAUGUACAACACUCUGUUUGGCCUUCGCAAUGAAGAAUGUGGAGCCGGCGGGUGUCUUAUUGACCUGGCUCAGGAGCUGCUGGUCAUCAUGGUGGGAAAACAGAUGAUCAACAACGUCCAUGAAUUCAUCUCUCCGAAGGUUCAAGCGUGGUGGCAGAGAAACAAAAUGCGAACUCCACAGAUGGCAGGGACUCAGACGAUGAUGGACGUUUCUCCCUGGGAGGCAGAUUACGAGCUGCUGGUCUGUGAGGGACUCUUCGGUGAAUAUCUGGAGAUGGUGCUUCAGUUUGGUUUCAUCACCAUCUUUGUGGCAGCGUGUCCUCUCGCUCCUCUCUUCGCUCUCAUGAACAACUGGGUGGAAAUCCGUUUGGACGCUCAGAAGUACGUGAAGGAAUUUCGCCGCCCAGUGGUGGAGCGAGCUCAGGACAUCGGCAUCUGGUUUCACAUCCUGCAGUUCAUCUCACACAUGGCCGUCAUCAGCAACGCUUUUCUCAUUGCCUUCACCUCGUCCUUUGUGCCUCGGCUGUACUACCGUUACACCAGGGAUAGCACCCUGCGCGGCUUCGUUAACUUCACCCUGGCAACAGCCCCGCUCAGCCACAACUCCACCUGCAAGUAUAGAGGUUUCAGGGAUGAUAACGGUGAUUAUCUGCCGGAGUACUUUCACCUCAUUGCUAUACGACUCAGCUUCGUCGUCGUCUUUGAGCAUGUGGUCUUCUUCAUCGGCCGACUGAUUGACCUGACGGUUUCUGACAUCCCAGAGGAGGUGGAGAUUAAGAUAAAGAGGGAGUACUACAUGGCUAAACAGGCGCUGGCUGAGAAUAAGGCUUUGGGGAAAGCCAUGAUGCCGAAUGAUAAGGAUGUUGAGUCAGGUCAUCGUGGAUCCAAAGGCCUACUAUAAUGCGAUCACUGCGUUGCAUUACCAACAAUCUGAACACGACCCCAGAGAAAACGGUUCCAGCUGACCUGAAGCCUGGCUGCAUCAGAACUGACCGGUUCAUGUGGAGGUUUUACAACCUGCAGAGCUGGGCUCCUUCUGGAUGUUUACUGGACUAAUAUAAAAUAAUUUAGCUUUCCAACUUGUCACAGAACAGUGUGCCGGUGAAGUGUCUUCCUACCUUUACCUUCUGAAACCAGAAUCAAAGACCUGUGAGAUUUCUGAGUAACUCUCCUCAGAACCUUGACCGACCCAGAGCUGAAAGCUUCUCAGGAACUUCCUCAAACAGAGGCUUGAAGUAGAACCACUGAAAAUGAAAAUGUCUUUUCUUCUGCUGCUGGAGGAAGCUAAAGCUUAUUCCAAGCGGCUUAUGAUGUACAAUAAUAUUUAGAACAAGUUACAUCCAGCACAGGCAUUCUGGAUGUGGGAACUUAAAUUAGGCUUAGCUUGGGCUAUGAAUGUUUGUGUUUUGGUCACUUGCAGUGAUAUAAAUUAAUCUGCUUCUGGAGCAGUAGGUUAUUUCCAUUUCUUCCGGCUGCUCAACUGUUGGUCAAUUAAUGUAGAUUUUUUGAAGUAUUUUAAGUUUAGCUCAUUUCAAAGCAACACCAACUUGUCUUAGUGAG